AUGGCCGCCCGAGAUACGGAAUGGGACUCAGACGGAGAAGUGGAGAAGUUGGAGACAGAUGUGAGGGAGAUUUGCAAUAAGAUUUUCGAGUACAGGCGUUUAACAACCCUACCGGAGGAUCAUCUCAGGAACACACCCAACAUCGAUUCCGGGUCGGAUCCUCUUCCAUCGUCGGAACGCCUCACUAUCUCUAUCUCAGCAGGUUCUUUCUUCUCUCUCUACAGCUAUCUUUGUGGUUGUUGGUUAAGUUCCGAGUCUGAUUCUAUUGAUUCAUGUGUUAUUAUGACUGUUUGUUGCAAAGAAUAA